AAAGCUUGUGAUUCUUAAUUUACGGAGCCAGAGUUGUUGGAGAAUCAUUCAACACUCUAACCAGCAGAUUCCACCUGUAAAAUUGGGCAAUCAUUUCCAAUUGCAAUCACAGCAUAGCUUCAAAUUUAAUGAGUGUGACAAUCAUGGCAAACAUAGCCAUUCACCUUCUAUCCCAAAUUCAAACAAGGCCACCAUUAACUCAUUAACCCACACCUUUCAAAACCUUUUUUUAAAAUUUUUGAGUGAAUCAUCACUAUGGUAUCCAAGUAUCUCAGCCUCCAUUUCCAGCCCCACCUUCAAACUUCACUUUCCUAUUCCCACACUCUCAAACCCAAAUAUACCUGCAUCACCCCAGCUACCUCAAUUACCUCAUUUCCAAUCAAACCCAAGUAUACCUUAAGUUCCCUCUGCAGAAGAUGCUCUGCAUCAUCGCUUCGUUCAAUGGCAUCAAUCAAUCCCAUACCCGAUACUCAAACGGAUGAAUUUGAGGCUGAUCCCACACUUAUUAAUAAUGAUCUCAAACCUACAACUUCAAGUCAACGGACAUUUUCUGGGUGGGAAAUGGCAAGCCUUUGGAUUGGGUUGGUUGUUGGGGUCCCAUCAUAUUACCUUGCUGGUAGUCUUGUUGACCUUGGGAUGGCAUGGUGGCAAGGCAUAGCCACAGUGGUCGCAGCAAAUCUUAUAUUGCUGGUCCCACUAGUCCUCACCGGGGAACCGGGUACUCGAUACGGCAUCUCGUUCCCCGUGCUGGCAAGAUCGUCGUUCGGAAUCAGAGGUGCCCAUGUCCCUACACUCCUAAGAGCAUUAGUUGGUUGUGGGUGGUAUGGCAUUGAGACCUGGAUUGGUGGAGAAGCGAUUUUUCUACUAUUGCCAAAUUCAAUCAAACAAUCCUCUCUGUCACAAGUUUUACCUUGGUUAGGAACUUCUCCACUUGAAUUCUCUUGCUUCUUUGCAUUUUGGCUAGCUCAAUUAGCAAUCGUUAGGAGAGGAAUGGAAGGAAUUCGAGUGCUUGAGAAAUAUGCAGCUCCAAUCCUUAUAGCUCUAACAUCUUGCCUUCUCAUCUGGGCAUAUGUUAAUGCCGGUGGACUAGGCGAUAUGCUUUCUCUAUCUUCUCGUCUUUCAAGUUCUGAAUUUUGGUCCCUCUUCUUCCCUUCUCUUACAGCAAAUAUAAGCUUCUGGGCAACACUAGCACUCAACAUCCCUGAUUUUACAAGAUACGCCAAAAGCCAAAAGGAUCAGAUAAUUGGUCAAGCUGGCUUACCUAUUUUUAUGGGUGCAUUCACAUUCGUUGGGCUAGCCGUGACCUCUUCUACCAAAGUGAUUUUCGGUCAUUUGAUCACAAACCCCAUCCAGCUCCUCGGAGAGAUUGGUGGGUUCAGUACAAUGAUCAUGGCAAUUGUCGGAAUCAGCCUCGCCACCAUCACCACCAAUAUAGCAGCCAAUGUUGUUGCACCUGCAAAUGCACUUGUUAAUCUCAGCCCAUCAAAGUUCACAUUUUGGAGGGGAGCUCUUUUAACAGCAUUACUUGGCAUUGCUUUUCAACCAUGGAGAUUACUGAAAUCAAGUGAGAGUUUUGUAUAUACUUGGCUUGUUGGUUACUCUGCACUAAUGGGACCAAUAGCAGGGAUACUAUUGGCAGAUUAUUAUCUCAUUAAGAAAAUGAAGCUCAACAUAAAAGAUCUGUACACAUUGAGAAAAAAUGGUUCCUAUUAUUAUACAGGGGGGUAUAAUUUGGUAGCAAUGGCAGCUUUAAUUGCUGGGAUUUUGCCCGUGAUGCCUGGUUUAUUGCAGAAACUCGGAAUGCUGAGUUCAGUCCCAAAAUUGUUCGUCACAAUCUACAACAAUGCUUGGUUCUUCAGUUUCUUUUCUGCAGGAAUUCUUUACUGGGUAAUACAAUCAUUAUUAACAGGUAAUGAUAGUAAACUGAUUGAUCCACUUUUGGCAGCAUAAAACUGACCUGUGAUGGAUCAUAUGCAAAUAUACAGAAGUCUACUUCAGAAUUGACACCAUACAGCCUUGUAAGUCUGGUCGCCUAUACAUUCAAAAGUAUACAUCACAACACGAUAUUUUGUGUAAAUGAACUCGUCACAUUGAAUCAAUGUACGCUUCUUUUUACUUUUUCUUAUUCCGCAUAUCACCUUGUUUCCAUGCAACUAUGCACCAUAAGUUUUUCUUUUAUAAUUUGUCAUUAGAAAACAAUGUCAGUUGCUUGUGAACUUGGUAGUCUGUCCACUGUAAAUAUUUUCCACAACCAGCCGAAUACUGAAGAGAAUAUAGUUCCCAAUUCGUCA